AUGGUACUUGAUGAGGCGAGGAAAGCUUGGAAGUUUGAGAAGGGUCUAAAGAAGAAGAUCCAGAAGCAGACGGAGAUCCUUCAGAUUCAGGACUUUGCUACUCUAGUGGAUAAAGCCACUAUGGUAGAGGAGAGCCUUCAAGAGGACACAGAGGUUCAGAUCCUGAGGAAGAGGCCAGUGCCUCCCAGUUAUUAUUCAGUUGAGAGAAUCAAAGCUGCUCAAAAGGAAGAGGCAGAACUGGUAAAGGUUAUGGAAGGGGUUCAGGAUGGCUUAAAGCCGGAUUUCAAUAUCUCAAACGAUGGGAUAUUGAGAUUCCAUACCAAGAUUUGCGUACCAAAUGAUGCUGAGAUUAAAAGGGUCAUUCUAAAGAAGGCACAUCGUUUGCUCUACACGGUACAUCCAGGGAGUACAAAGAUGUACAUGGAUUUGCGGGAAUCUUUUUUGUGA